CGUGAGUUUAAAAACUGACCGAUUAAUGGUUACAGUCUAAAAUAUAAAUAGAUAAAAUUUUGCCGAACCAAACCGGGUUAAUUUUCCAGUGACUCGAUUAUUCCGGUCGAGUCAUGUUUCUGCUUUGAAACAGUCAAUCUCUUCCCAUGACGCGCUAUUCCUUCUCCCUCCUUUUUAUAAAUUCCUUCCCCUUGACAUCGAUUCCUCCACGCCGGUGAUGGGGAGCGGAGAAGGAGUUGAGCACGGGACCCCUCUAAUGGCGGAGCUGGCUCGGGCUUUGCAGCUCGUCAGGGAGCUGGAGUCCCACUUGGCUCAUUCUUCCCUGGCCGACUCCUGCAAAUCUUUAGCCCCCGAGAUUCUGUAUUCCAUUCAGAAGUCGAUCCUGAUGGUUCAGUCGAGCAGUCUCGACGGAGGAGGAACACCGCCGUCGACCACCGGCGACAGCCCCUGUCCGCUUUCAGAGGAACACGACUGCAAGCAGAUGAAGAAGAAUAGGAAGACACUCCAUAAAUGGACAACACAAGCGAGGCUCAUCCCCGGCGGCGCCGGAGGAGUCGAAGGGCCCGUUGACGACGGCUACAGCUGGCGAAAGUACGGGCAGAAAGAUAUCCUCGGGGCCAAACACCCAAGAGCCUACUACAGAUGCACGCAUCGACAUACACAGGCUUGUCCUGCGGUGAAGCAAGUGCAGCGAUCGGAUGAGGAUCCCCUGCUGUUUAACAUCACCUACAGGGGUAUUCACUCAUGCCUACGAAGACCACACACAGAUUCAGCAUCAGCAUCUGAAGAGCAACAGAGCCAGCGCAAGAAAGUAAAAACUGAAAGAUUGGACUCGGAGGAAGCUCAGGAGCAGGCUUUUCUAUCCAUGGCAUCAAUGGCUGAGUGGGGAGAAAUGCCGCUGGAGAUCUUUUCCCUGCUCUCCGCCAACGACGACGUCUUAAUUGGCAAUUCUACUCUUGUAUCUCCGGUUUCCUUGGAUUCCACUUACUUCUUGAUGUCUCCAUAUCCAAUUAAUGAGGAGACUUCUGAUUCUGACCUCGGAGAGAAAAUAUCAAGAGCAAAUUCAGCAAGCAACUCAUCUCUUGUGAACAUGGAUGUCAUGCUUGAUGAACUCAACUUGGAUCAGAGCUUCCAGUUCGAUGCCUCCAGCUUCUUCUCAUGAGUGUGUGGAAGAAUUUUGUGGCAGUAAAUGUUUUUAUCAUAGGAUUUAGCAGAACCACAGCAACUGGCUGAUCUUUUGUCUCCAGCUAAAAACAAUGUAUAGAAGUAUUGUAGUUUUUGUUAGAUGAGAUAAAGUAAUUAUAUUUAACUUA